AUGCACGCAACCCCGCGAACCUUAUGGCGCAGCCUGCCCACUGCCUGCACUGCAUCCCGCAUCGCGUCCUCCACGAUAGCUCCCCGCUCUGCACCCUUCGCCAGCUCGUCUCUGCGCACCCUCCAGCAGACCUCGCGCCGCGCCUACUCAUCGCAGCCUCCCAAGGACAAGAACGGCAUCAAGGUCCUCCCCUUUGUCGCGCUCCUCGGCCUCUGCAGCAUCUCCUACACCCUGCUCGUCAACAGCAGAAACGGCACCAAGCCCCCCCCCUCCGACAACAUGCCCCUCAUCGACGGCCCCAGCAAGAAGCCCGCCCUCGCGGCCCCGGCCAAGUCGACGCCGACCUUCUCCCCCAAGACGACGACCGUCCUCUUCGUCCUCGGCGGGCCCGGCGCCGGCAAGGGCACGCAGUGCGCCAACCUCGUCAAGCACCACGGCUUCACCCACCUCUCGGCCGGCGACCUGCUGCGCGCCGAGCAGGACCGCCCCGGCUCGCAGUUCGGCCAGCUCAUCAAGGACUACAUCAAGGACGGCCUCAUCGUGCCCAUGGAGGUGACGGUGCAGCUGCUCGAGAACGCCAUGCAGGCGACCAUUGACGCCGCCGGCCCCGGCGCCGCGGAGCACCGCUUCCUCAUCGACGGCUUCCCGCGCAAGAUGGACCAGGCCGUCAAGUUCGAGGCCGCCGUCUGCCCCGCCAAGCUCGUCCUCUUCUACGACUGCCCCGAGGCCACCAUGGAGGCCCGCCUGCUCGAGCGCGGCAAGACGAGCGGCCGCGCCGACGACAAUGCCGAGAGCAUCCGCAAGCGCUUCCGCACCUUUGUCGAGACGAGCAUGCCCGUCGUCGACUACUUUGCCCAGGAGGGCCGCGUCAUCAAGAUCGACGCCACCUCCACCCCCGAGGACGUCUACGAGGUCACCAAGACGCAGCUCAAGGCCAGGCUCAGCAACUUUUGA